AUGGAAGAUGCUGCUUCCUCGUUUUGGAGUACUGCUGCUGAAACAAGUUUCGCACCACUUGUGAAUUCCUUGAACCUUGGCAUUGGGAGCCCACUUCUGUUGGGCCCUCCUCCUUUACAGCUUGCACAAAUUAAGACCCAGUUGGCUCUUCAGCAGUUGACCUCACUUGCCACCAGCAGCUCUGCACCCCCUCAUGCUUGGUUCAACCAGGCAUUGCUGAAAAGCACCAUGUUUAGCCCUAGAGGAACUUUACCUCCGAGGCCGAGAGGACCUAAUCCAUCUGGCACAAAGCCCCCGGGAUCCUUUCGGGGAGGAGGUGCAGGAGGUCUUCAGAGAAAGCCUGCAGCUGGGACACCUCAAGGAGCACCACAAAGAUUUUCGGGACAGGAGUCGUUUCAGUGGACAGGUUCCCAGAGGAUAAACGUUCGGGUAACUCUGCACAGGGCUGACCCCAGGCAGGUAAAGGAGAAGACCAACCUCCACCAGGAGCAGAAGAGUGAGCCUCACACGAGCUGCUGGGACAGCAAUCCCCGCCCAGCUGUGACAACUGGACAGAAGUCAUCUGCCUCUGCACGGAUCCCGGAGCAGAAUUCCAACGCCCAGAACCGCUACACCCCCGAAAGCGCUUCCAGCAUCUUGGCAAGUUUUGGGCUGUCCAAUGAAGACCUGGAGGAGCUGAGUCGCUAUCCAGAUGAACAGUUAACGCCCGAAAACAUGCCCCUGAUCUUGAGAGAAAUCCGGAUCCGUAAGAUGGGCCAUUCCUCCUCUCGUGUGCACCCCCAGAGCCGAGGGGAAGAGCCCGUUGGUGGCCCGAGCGGGGCAGCAGUCAAGAGUAAAGUGAUUGAUUACGGGCACGCCAGCAAAUACGGUUACACGGAAGAUCCUCUGGAAGUGCGUCCCUACAAUCCCGAGGCGCUGCCUGCAGAGCCUCUGGAGCCACAUGUCUAUAAUCCCGAAGCACCCAGUGGGGAGAACAGGGAGGACUUCCAACGAGAGCAGAACAUGCCCAUGAGUGUCUCCUCGUCGAGUGUGACCUGUAAUCCGGUGUUUCCAGUUGAAGAGUUAAUAAAGCCGACGGGGUUCCAGAGCGAUUCCUCAAACCCUCCAUCGUUCUUUCCAGCUGAGACUCCAGGAAAGGUGUCCGGAUUGUGUGCGGCACCCUCUGGACUCACUGUGGUGACAUCUGUCUCCCAGCCUGCAAUACCUCUGGUCAUGCCACCUAUGGUGCCACCUGUCUCCCAGCCUGCAGUACCACCUGUGAUGCCACCUAUGGUGCCACCUGUGUCCCAACCUGCUGUCCCGCCAGUCAUGCCACCUAUGAUGCCACCUGUGUCCCAGCCUGCAAUCCCACCAGUCAUGCCACCUGUGUUGCCACCUGUCUCCCAGCCUGCAGUGCCACCUGUCAUGCCUCCCAUGAUGCCACCUAUGAUCACCCCCUUGGCUCCCAUGCUGGCACCUGUCAUGCUGACUUUUGUCCAGCAGUCGAUGACCCAGCACGUGAUGCCACCAAUAAGCCACCCACCUUUUUCACCUGAACUCCUUGCAAAACUCAGCCAGCACGAAAGAAGUCAGCGUGAAUCCGGGACAAGCCAGUCGGUUGCCCCCAGUGCCCCGGGGGCAGGACAGAAGCCCUUCCAGCCCAAGGCUGAGGGGCCCAUUAAAUCUCCUUUCGGGAUCGUGAAGGCAUCGUGGCUUCCUGCCUUUCUCCAAGCUGAUUCUCAGAAGAUACAAAGACUGCCCACCCCCUCAAUGAUGAAUGACUACUAUGCCACAUCUCCAAGAAUAUUCCCACAUAUGUGUUCUCUGUGUAACAUUGAAUGCACUCAUAUGAAGCCUGCAGUGCCACCUGUCAUGCCUCCCAUGAUGCCACCUAUGAUCACCCCCUUGGCUCCCAUGCUGGCACCUGUCAUGCUGACUUUUGUCCAGCAGUCGAUGACCCAGCACGUGAUGCCACCAAUAAGCCACCCACCUUUUUCACCUGAACUCCUUGCAAAACUCAGCCAGCACGAAAGAAGUCAGCGUGAAUCCGGGACAAGCCAGUCGGUUGCCCCCAGUGCCCCGGGGGCAGGACAGAAGCCCUUCCAGCCCAAGGCUGAGGGGCCCAUUAAAUCUCCUUUCGGGAUCGUGAAGGCAUCGUGGCUUCCUGCCUUUCUCCAAGCUGAUUCUCAGAAGAUACAAAGACUGCCCACCCCCUCAAUGAUGAAUGACUACUAUGCCACAUCUCCAAGAAUAUUCCCACAUAUGUGUUCUCUGUGUAACAUUGAAUGCACUCAUAUGAAGGACUGGAUUCUGCACCAGAACACUCCUUCCCAUAUUGAAAGCUGCUGCCAGCUCCGGCAACAGUACCCUGACUGGAACCCUGAGUCUCAUUCCUCCAAGAGAAAUGCUGGCGAGAGAAAAGAAAACCAGACCCCCAAGCGCCGCUCCAGCUCGGCCAGCCCCAGGAAGAAGUCUGGGAAUGUGAAGAAGCCACCCAAAACAAGUGGUUCUCUGAAGGCUUCCAAGAAAGAAGUGCCUUCCGGGUCUGGGUCAAGUUCAUCUCCUGGAACUGAUGAUUUACCCCAAAGCAAAGAAACAGAAGAGAGUAAAGGAGGUUCACCCACAGAGCCCAGUGCCCCUCGACCUGUUCCCUACAAUAGGCUGUUGAGAAAGGAAUUGCUCUCUUGUGGGACAGUCCUUCAAAUAACUGGCCUCCCAGAUGAUGGCUUUUCAGAUCAAGAUAUUAAAAAGAUUGUUCAGCCAUUUGGCAAAGUCAGUGAUUUCCUGGUACUUCGCUCCAAAAACAUGGCCUUCUUGGAGAUGAACUACAAAGAAGCUGUGGUAGCAGCUGUGAAAUACGGGAAGACGGCACCAGUGCUGAUCAAUGGGAAGCAGGUGAAGAUUAGUGUGGCAGAGAAGCCAAAAGUAUCUUCUGGCCAGGAGCUGGAUGAUACAUGUGUGGUGGUCAUUUCAAACUUGCCUGAGAAAGGAUAUUCUGUUGAGGAGGUUUCCAACCUAGCAAAGCCAUUUGGGGGACUGAGGGAUGUGCUGAUUUUAUCAUCUCAUAAAAAGGCCUAUAUGGAAAUAAGUAGAAAAUCUGCAGAUUCCAUGGUUAAAUUUUACACCUGCUUCCCAAUGUCUCUGGAUGGGAACCAGCUCAGCAUCAGCAUGGGGCCUCAGUGGAGCACUGUCAGAGAUGAAGAGGCAAUAUUUACUGCUAUAAUUAAAGACUCUGACCCCAAGGUCAACACUGAAACUCUGCAUAACCAGUUUGUGCACCUGGGGAACCUGCCAGCUGAUGGGUACAGGGAACUUGAAGUAGUUUGUGUGGGACUUCGGUUUGGGAAAGUGCAUCAUUAUGUUGUGCUGAAGAAUAAAAACAAGGCCAUUCUCCAGCUGGAUAGUCCCAAGUCAGCCCGAUCCAUGUACAGCUUCCUGAAGCAAUAUCCCUACAGCAUGGGGGAGCACACCCUGACCUGCACGUUGUCACCCCAAGGAGAGGCUACUGAGGCUGACCCUGUGGUAGAAGAGGUGAAGCCAGAGGAGCCCAGCCCAGGAAGCUCUGGCUUGAAAAAAUAUCCAGAGGGAUCAGGAGUGGUGCAAACAGCAGCUGCUAAUCCUCCAGUAGAGCCCAGUGUGGCACAGGAAGGACCCGUUGCCAUCUGUCAUGUCAAGGACCAGAUGUCAGCAGUGCAGCUUGAGCCCUCUGAGUCCCAGCUGGACAGAGCGCUCAGGGAGUCACCAGCACAGACAUCUGUGAAAGACCUGGAUGCUGGAGUAGAAGCUACUGUGGUGUCCAUCAAAUCCACCAGUACCCAACCAGCUGAGGGGAAGCCAGAAGAGAUGCAGCCACCGCCUGCCAGUGUGGAGGAAGAGGAGGCAGUUAAAGACAGUGCCCACCCAGAGCUGUUGGAAUCCGCUGCUGUGUCUUCAUCAGAGAAGGAGAUCAAAGAGAAAGGUGAAGAGCUGCCUGCUCCCCCCGUUGAGCCAGCACAAGAGCUGUCUGAUGGGGGCAAGGCUGAAGAUGUGCCCUCAGAUGGUGCAGCAGGGGGACACCUGGGGGCUGUCCCUGAGCCAGCGCCCCCCGGGGGUGAUGCAGCUUCAGUGAAGAUGGUGUCACCCAUUGUCACACCCACAAACCACAAGUCGGAUGCUCCUGAAAACAAUCCUGUUUCUGACCCUGUGAAAACCAAAGAUGAAAUGCCUGUAACUCAGAUAACAAAGAAGAAACCCAUGCUUAAAACUGGGGCAGCCGAGGAGAAGAAACUGGACGUUGCUGGAGCAGACAAAGAGGUGAAACCAGAAGAGUCUGCCCUCAAAGCUGGAAGAGCUGCUGAGGACAACCCUGACAAGCUUUUGGUCAAGACAGGGGCAGAAACAGAGAAGAAAAGUGAAAAACUUGUGGCCAGUGUUGGGAUUGUUGUGGAAAACACUGCAGAUGCUGUCAGUGAGAACAGUCAGGGAAGUUUAAUCAACACCCAACAAAACAAAGGGACAGGACCAGCAAAAACUGAUGAAACCCACCGAACAGUUACAUUCAACUCCUCCUUAUCUGCCAAGGAUCCCUCCUCUGUUGGUAUAACACUUUUAAAGGCAGUGGUGUCUCUCCCAGAUAUAUUGAAGUCAAGGGUUCCAAUGAGGAGAAAGAAGCCUUUGUUGUGCAAAGGAGGGGGUAAGAAAGCUCCCUUGAAACCUAAGCCCCAAGGCCAAGCAGUGGUGGAGAAGAAGAUGGCCCACAAAGAAGAGGACCAUCCACAACCUGGGAGCAGCCAAGCAAGCCCGGGAGAUGGCAGCAGCAAAUGUAAAGUGAGCAGAAGUUCUGUUGGUGGUGGAAAGGGAGGCAAUGGGAGGAAUUCAUCCCAGCAAGAGAAGGACUCCCGAGUGGAAUCUAGGGCUAGUUCAAAACAGUCUCAAGAGGGAGAGAGUAGAUCAUCCAGCAUGAAGACAGACAACAGCAGCAAUAAGGCUCCUGUGGGUGGCAAUGCUAAGGCUUCCAGGAGUGGCAGCAGCAGCAGUGCAAAGCAGAAAGAGGAAGAAGAGCUGUUUCCAUUUAACCUGGAUGAGUUUGUCACCGUGGACGAGGUGGUGGAGGAGGUCGAGUCUCCUGUGAAGACGCGGCGAAAUCCCCCGAGGGUGAAGAGAAAAGUUGGUGCUAAAACCACCUCCUCGUCCGAGCCUGGCUCCAAGAGGAGGAAAGGGAAGAGCUCGGAGGCACAUCUGCCUGAGGGUGAGCUCUCUUUUGUCACCCUGGAUGAGAUCGGGGAGGAGGAGGAGGUGGCUGCCCACGACCCGCAGGGCCUGGUCGUGGUGGAUGAAGUGAUGGAGGAGGAGGAACUUCUGUCAGAAGCUGUGAAGGACCCGCAGUCGCUCGUUACGUUGGACGAGAUCUCUGAGCAGGAGGACCUUGGUUCUCGUAAAGGUGUCCCCGGGUCUGCUUUUGAGGAGCAGGAUUUGAAAGCUGAGCCCUUGGUGACUGUGGAUGAGAUCGGGGAGGUGGAAGAGCUGCCUCUGAACGAGCCGACGGACUUGAGCCUUGAGGAGGUGCUGAAGCAGAAGAAGGGCAAGGGGGCUGCUGAGAAGGCUGGAGGUGGUGCCUCCUCUCAGGUGUCUAACGAUCCCAGUGCUCUGUUGACAGUGGAUGAAAUCCAGGAGGACAGUGAAGAUAACCCCCUGGUGACUUUGGAUGAGGUUAACGAAGAUGAAGAUGAUUUUCUGGCCGAUUUCAAUCGUCUAAAAGAGGAACUAAACUUUGUGACAGUGGAUGAAGUUGGAGAGGAGGAUGAGGAAGAAGAAAACACUUUACCAGGGACAAAUGUGAAAGAAGACAAUGAAGAUUCUGUCGCUGUUGCAGGACCAGAAGAAGAGGAAAAGGCUGCCAUUGCAGGACCAGAAGGGGAGGAGGUUGCUGCUGUUGCAGGAUCAGAAGAAAUGCAAGUUCUGGGAGAUACGAGUCCAAAAGAAGAAACUACUGCAACCCCGAAGUCAAAAGUGGAUCAGCUGGGAUCUGGAGAUAAGGACCCAGUGUCUAAGCAGAAGAAAAAGGCUCCUUCAGAGGCAUCAAAGACACAGAGUACCCCACGAGAUCUGGAUUACCUGCUCCCCAAGGCUGGCUUCUUCUGUCAGAUCUGCUCGCUCUUCUACGCCGAUGAAACCUCUGUGAAAAACCACUGCAAGACACCCCUUCAUCAGCAGAACAUGGAGAAGUUCAUGGCCAAGCAGCAGCAGCAGGAGGAUAACGAUGGAGAAGAGCAGAGUUCCAGGUGA